AUGCAACAUAUUAUUCUCCUCCUCCUUCUCCUCAAGCUAAACCAACUCCACCACCAUCUCCACCAUCUCCACCAACCCCCACACCCCCACACCCCCAACUCCAUCUCCAACACCACCAACUACAACUACAACUCCAACACUUCCUACUCCCUCGCCUUCACCUUCCCCACCACCGCCGGCACCACAUUACCAAUCACCUCCUCAUACUCCACCUCCUACGCUGUCUCCACCUACUUCUUCUCCUCCUCCAUCAACUCCUACACCAUCUCCACCUACUUCCUCUUCUCCUCCUCCAACUCCUACAACCUCACCAAAGAAGGCCAAGUGCAAGAACAAGUUGACUGUGUCACUUGCAAGCCAGUCUGCAAGUGUGAUCAACCAGGAGCAGUGUGCCAAGACCCCCGUUUCAUAGGCUGCGAUGGCAUCACCUUUUACUUCCACGGCAAGAAAGACCGCGAUUUCUGCCUAUUAUCCGACCCCAACCUCCACAUCAACGCUCACUUCAUUGGCAGGCGCAACCACAACAUGAAGAGGGACUUCACUUGGGUCCAGUCUAUUGCCAUCCUCUUUGGCAAACACCAGCUCUUCAUCGGUGCCCAAAAGACAGCCACGUGGGACGACUCCGCUGACCGCCUUGCCCUCUCCUUUGAUGGCGUGCUCAUCACCCUUCCUGAAUCCGAAGGCGCCAGGUGGCAAUCCACGAGUGGCCCAACUGUAUCCCUUACCAGGGUGGGUGGCACCAACAAUGUGAUGGUUGAAGUUGAAGGGAGCUUUAGGAUCACAGCCAAGGUUGUGCCCAUAACUGAAGAAGACUCAAGGAUUCACAACUACGGCAUUACUAAAGAUGACACAUUUGCUCAUCUUGAUCUUGGGUUUAAAUUCUUCUCUUUGAGCAACCAAGUGAGUGGUGUGUUGGGUCAAACUUACAGACCCGAUUAUGUGAGCCGGGUCAACAUUGGAGCCAACAUGCCGGUGAUGGGAGGGGAUAGAGAGUUUGAAACUUCCAGCCUUUUCGCCACGGAUUGCACCAUUGCAAGGUUUAAUGGUGGCAGUGUUGGCUCUGGAAGUGAAGCGAAUUCUUUGGAGGGUUUGGAGUUGCCAGGCUUGAGCUGUGCAAGUGGAAUGGAUGGUCAGGGUGGUGUGUGCAAGAGAUAG